GUCUAACGUACUACGCGAGCAGGCGGGAAGUUCUCCGCGAAGCCAACCGAGGCGAGAGGGAUGGCGCUGCGCCUGGAAGAGCUGAAGCGCCGGGCGGGCGAGUGCAUCGAGGCGGCGUCGGAGCCACUGGGCGAGCUGAGCCGGGCGAUCUGGAGCCGUCCGGAGCUGGCCUACGAGGAGCACCAGGCUCACGGCGCCCUGACGCGCUUCUUCGCCGGCCGGCCGGCUUGGUCGGUGCAGCCGCGCUACAAGCUGGAGACGGCCUUCCGGGCGGACUGGGCCUGGGCGCCCCACGGCGAGGAGGAGGACGAAGGGCCCGGGCGGGCCGCUGAGCCCCCUGCCGCCCUCCUCCGCCUGGGCUUCCUGUGCGAGUACGACGCCCUGCCCGGCAUCGGCCACGCCUGCGGCCACAACCUCAUCGCCGAAGUGGGCGCCGCCGCCGCGCUGGGCCUCAAGGGCGCCCUCGAGAGCCUCGCCGCUCGACGCCCGGACGGCACCCUCCGCGCUCCCGCCGUCCAGGUAACAGUUCUAGGUACUCCAGCAGAAGAAGGGGGAGGAGGCAAAGUGAAGCUGAUUGAAGCUGGUGCUUUUGAAAACCUGGAUGUUGUGUUCAUGGCUCAUCCUUUUCAGGAAGAUGCACCCUAUAAACCUGCUUUAGCAAAUCAUCAUAUAACUGUGAAAUACUACGGAAAAACUUCUCAUGCUGCUGCAUAUCCUUGGGAAGGAGUAAAUGCUUUAGAUGCUGCAGUUCUUGCAUAUAACAAUGUGUCAGUAUUAAGACAACAGAUGAAGCCAGCUUGGAGAGUCCACGGUGUUAUAAAACAAGGUGGUGAGAGAGCAAAUAUUAUACCCUCGUAUACAGAGCUAGCUUUUUUUGUGCGCACCCCUCUGCUGAAGGACUUACCUGUUCUGGUAGAUAAAGCUGAAAGCUGCUUCAGAGCUGCAGCUCUUGCCACAGAUUGCAAAAUAGAAUUUGAAAGUAAGUGUCCAGAUUAUUACAGUGUACUUCCAAAUAAAAGUCUGCAGCAAACUUACAUGGAAAAUGGAAAGAGCCUUGGAAUGGAAUUUUCGGAAAAAACUACUUUGUCUAAUCUUUCAGGUUCUACAGACUUUGGAAAUGUUUCUCAUGUGGUUCCUGGAAUUCAUGCUUAUUUUUAUAUUGGCUCGAAUGCUCUAAAUCAUACUGAGCAAUUUACAGAGGCUGCUGGGUCCAAAGUCGCACAACAAUACACCUUGCGUACAGCUAAAGUUUUGGCAAUGACUGCAAUAGAUGUUAUCUUCAAACCAGGCUUGCUGGAACAAGUGAGAGAAGACUUCAGACAAGGAAAGCAAGAAGAGUAAGGAGCACUAUAGUGUAAAAGAGGAAAAUGUGCCCUCAGGAUAGAAAGAAGACUUGCUAUAAAGCCAAAACUCUUCUCCUCUGGUUAUUGGACUGUCAGGUUCAUGCUGAAAUAAUGAAUCCUGAAAAGUUGUUUAAAUUAUGGAAUAGAUACAUUGAAAUAAUUUAUCAACAUAAUUCUGUACUCUUCUUUUUGCAUAAUUCAGGGGUGGGCAGGUGCAGUGUGUUUGUUUGACAACUAAGCCACCCUCCCGUUUUACUAUUGGAAACCUUAUUCCAGAUCUUUAUGAUUUCAACAGGCCUAAAUCACAGAUUUUCCAAGCAUAUCUUGGCAGCUGUAAAAGGGCCAUGAACAUGCUAUUCCAAAUGCUGUGCCCUCAAGAAACUGAAUCUGUCACUGUAUACCAUAUCCAGCCCUUUUCUGCAUUCUGUAAAAUUGCAGGCUGGUUACAGCAGUUUCAAACCAGCUUUUUAAUCCACCUUUCUCCUCUUAGGAGUCCAUGCCACACUUGUGCUUGUCAUACAGAGUGGUGCAUUUGGCCCUCCAGGUUCUUUUCAGUUGUAACCUUUUCUCUUCAGAAUGAGCUUCUUGGGCCCUGUUCAGACGCACAGUAUAAUCAGAUGUUGCUGCUAUUUCCUUCCCGAUUUAAAGUGGCUGAUCAGACAGCAACAUCUGCCUUCCGGUAUUAACUCGUGGUAGCGAUAUGCGCAUAACCACAUAAUGUUUUGACCUAUGCGCAUAUGUGCAUAAUGUGUGCAUGCGCAUAAUAGUGGAGGGGGGAAAAGAACUACAUGGUGCCAUCAUCUGGACAGCAGAAGACAGUUUCACCGUGGAGUGAUUCGUAUGGCAGUCUGAUUGAUAAUAUCCAGAACAAAGAUAUUUGGAACAGAACCGGGUCAGUUUAACACAGACUCAACAUGCUGUGUGAACAGGGCCUUGGGGUGAUAAGCCCCAUCUCCAUUAUCACGUGCCUUUAGUGAAGCAGUUACAGUGUUCUUGUUCCAAUAUUUAAUGACUUGAGUAUGCUCACUGUGCUGUUACAGUUGUAUUUCAUAGGCUGUAAAAUGGUAUGUGGAUUUCAUGCUUUCCAGUGCUUUAUUCCAGUGAUUGCUACAAGUGAUAUUCAAAGCCCAAACUGGAAGCAAGCAAACAUCUACCAUGAGUUCAGUGGCAUGGUUUGCAUUUAAAGUGCUGAGAAACUCCUUAUCCCUUUUAAUUAAAUAAAUAUUUAAAUUUAA